UCUUCAGACUCCAGGAUGUUUGGUGUGAUUGUCAGACGCUCCCUCAACCUUCAGCGUGGUGCCUUCACUGACCUGGUUUUCUUCCUGGCCCUGAUGCUCUCAUGUAGAGGUCAGGAGGUGAUUGGUUCAUCUCAGCCGAUAGUGGCCAUGAUUGGUGAGGACGCCGUUCUGCCAUGUCACCUGGACCCGGCCAUGAAUGCUUUGGAGAGGACUGUAGAGUGGGCCAGACUGGACCUGGACCCCAGAUUUGUGUUUCUGUGGCGUGACGGUGUGGAGCUAGAGAUUAGCAAACAUCCGACGUUCAGAGGAAGAACAUCAAUGUUCAGUGAAGAACUGAAACACGGGAAUGUUUCUCUGAAACUCUCCAGAGUGAAACUCUCAGACGGAGGAGGAUACAGAUGCUUCAUCCCUUCAUUCUCUAAAGAUGCUUCUGUUCAGCUGGUCGUCGGAUCUGUCUCCUCACCUGCUGUUCGGGUGACUAAAACCAACCAUGGAGUGAUGUUGGAGUGUGAGUCUAAAGGCUGGUUUCCAGAGCCGGAGAUGUUUUGGCUGGACGGCGAGGGAAACCCUCUCUCCUCUGGUCCCACUGAGACGGUCAGAGGUCCUGAUGGUCUCUACACGGUCAGCAGCAGAGCGACUGUGGAGACGAGACCCAGCCACACCUUCACCUGCAGAGUCUCAGAGAGGAAGAUCAACCAGAGCAGAGAGAUACACAUCACUGUCACAGGUAAGCACAGUCUACGUCACCAUCAGUGGUGA